AUGAGGGGAGAGCAAGUGGUUUCUUCUACUAACGCCGCAGUGGCGGCGUUGGGUCACUCGGUCAUUCCAACGGUGAACAAGCUGCAAGAUAUCUUCGCCCAGGUCGGGAAAGAAUCUACAAUUGAGCUUCCGCAGGUGGCGGUGAUUGGAAGCCAGAGCAGCGGCAAAUCCAGCGUCUUGGAGGCACUAGUUGGACGUGAUUUCUUGCCCCGGGGCAAUGACAUAUGUACGCGCCGUCCACUAGUGCUGCAGCUCGUCCAGACCAAGAGGAGGGCUGAUGGGAUUGAAGAGGAGUGGGGGGAGUUCUUGCAUUUAUCGGGGAAGAAAUUCUUGAAUUUCGACGAAAUUCGCAAGGAGAUUGAGGCUGAAACAAAGAGAGAAGCUGGAGGAAACAAAGGCGUUUCAGACAAGCAGAUUCGUUUGAAGAUUUUCUCACCAAAUGUUCUCGAUAUUACUCUGGUGGAUUUGCCUGGCAUAACAAAGGUUCCUGUUGGUGAUCAGCCAUCUGAUAUCGAAACACGUAUUAGAAAAAUGAUAAAUUUAUACAUUAAACCUCCAAGUUGCUUGAUAUUAGCUGUUACACCUGCAAAUUCUGACUUAGCUAACUCGGAUGCUCUUCAACUGGCUAAAACUGCUGAUCCUGGGGGGUCUCGAACAAUUGGUGUAAUUACUAAGUUGGAUAUCAUGGAUAGAGGUACUGAUGCUUGCAAAAUUCUACUUGGAAAAGAUGUUCAUCUUCAACUUGGUUAUGUAGGUGUUGUGAAUCGUAGUCAAGAGGAUAUUCAGAUGAACCGUAGUAUCAAAGACGCUCUUAUAGCUGAGGAAAAGUUCUUUCAUAGUCAUCCGGCAUAUCGGGAUCUUGCAGAUCGUUGUGGAGUUCCUCAGUUGGCAAAGAAGUUAAACCAGAUUCUGAUACGACACAUCAAGACAGUUCUUCCUGUAUUGAAGUCACGAAUUAGUGCUGAACUGGUUUCUGUUGCAAAGGAGCAUGCUAGCUAUGGAGAGAUUUCUGAAUCAAAAGCUGGUCAGGGAGCAUUGCUACUGAACAUUCUUUCAAAAUACUCCGAAGCAUUCUCUUCGUUGAUAGAAGGAAAAGAUGAAGAAAUGUCAACUUCAGAACUGUCUGGUGGAGCAAGAAUCCACUACAUUUUCCAAAAUAUAUUCGUGAAGAGCUUGGAGGAGGUAGAUCCAUGUGAGGGUUUAACUGAUGAUGACAUCCAUACUGCCAUCCAAAAUGCAACUGGUCUUAAAUCUGCAUUGUUUGUACCAUAUGUUCCAUUUGAAGUUCUUGUUAGAAGACAAAUAGCUCGUUUGUUGGAUCCGAGUCUUCAAUGUGCUCGGUUUAUUUAUGAUGAGCUAGUAAAGAUGAGCCAUCGUUGUAUGUUGAAUGAAUUGCAGAGGUUUCCUGUCCUAAGAAAGCGCAUGGAUGAGGUUAUAGGAAACUGUUUACAAGAAAGCCUUGAGCCAUCAGAGACAAUGAUAAGACACAUUAUUGAAAUGGAGAUGGAUUACAUAAAUACUUCCCACCCAAAUUUCAUUGGUGGUAGUAAAGCUGUAGAGGUGGCACAACAGAUGACCUCCAGGGUUGCUGCCCCAAUUUCUAGGCAGAAGGAUGCAGGAGAUUCAAAGAAAUCACUGAACUCCGAAAGAACUGCAAAAUCUCGUGCUACUCUUGCAGGGCCUGUGAAUGGAAAUCUUCCUGAGCAGGGUGUUCGGCAUGUGACAGAUGUUGAGAAAACUGCCCUAUCUGGAAAUGGUGCUUCUGCAACUUGGAUAAUAUCAUCAAUUUUUGGAGGAUCUGGUAAUCGAACAUCUGUUAGAGAAAAUUCAAAUGUCGAGCCAGUUAGUGAACCUGUUCAGAGUAUGGAGCAUUCUGUUUCAUUGAUUCACUUGAGCGAGCCCCCAAGCUUCCUGAGGCCCUCAGAGACCAAUGAUCAUGAGGCCAUUGAGAUUGCCAUUACGAAGUUAUUAUUAAGGUCAUAUUAUGACAUUGUUCGGAAGAACAUGGAGGAUUCUGUACCUAAAGCAAUUAUGCAUUUUCUGGUAAACCACAUGAAACGAGAGCUCCACAAUGUUUUCAUCAAAAAGCUUUACAGAGAAAACUUUUUCGAAGAGAUGUUACAGGAGCCUGAUGAUGUAUCCUUGAAGAGAAAGCGUACCCGAGAGAGACUCCGUGUUUUGCAGCAAGCUUUCCGGACACUGGAUGAGUUACCGCUUGAAGCUGAGACAACUGAGAGGGGCUACAGCUUAAACACAGACCCAACUGGCCUGCCGAAGAUCAAUGGUCUUCCAUCAUCGUCUUCUUAUUCUUCAACCAGUGGUUCAAGCGAAUCAUAUACUGCUUCUCCCAAAAAUCCCAAGUCCCGCAAGUCAUCACAUUCUGGGGAGCUGAAUCCAGAUUCUAGUGGUGGUGAACGCAAUUCAGUUCUGGGUCUUUAUCCUACUGUUGAUAUUUACUGA